AUGUCUCACUCCAGUGACCUUAGUCGCCUGCAGACUCACGACAUCGAGAUUGGAGUCACUGAUGCCCUCCAGCGCCAUGCCAGCCGCCAUGUUGCUCAACACAAACCCGUCUCGCAACGUGUGCUAGACUAUGAGCGUCGACGACCAAGAUGGUUGCGUGAAUGUAUUGGCGAGGCGACAGGUGUAUUCAUUUACGUCUUCCCCGGCCUAGCCUCUGUUGCUGCCUUCAUCGUCAACGGCGCCUCGACUGAGCCUCCCGUAACCGCGUUUAGCAGUUUCUUCCAGAUCGGUCUUGCUUUUGCUCUCGGUAUCAUGUUCGCUAUCAUCAUUGCUGGGCCAACGUCUGGUGGCCAUUUCAAUCCGGCUGUGACUAUUGCUUUGGCUGUUUGGCAAGGAUUUCCGUUGAAGAAAGUCCCUCACUACAUCCUCUCGCAAAUCUUUGGUGCUUUCAUGGCCUCUCUUUUGGUCAUGGGAAUGUAUCGACAGGAAAUCGUAAAAUAUGAAGAAGCAUUAAAAGCACUGGGCGCGCCAUUGGUGUCUGCCACGGGUCCUGCCGGAAUUUUCUGUGCUUUCCCAGCGGAGGGACAGAGUUUGGGUUAUCUAUUCUUGAUCGAAUUCUUCGUCGAUUCUUUCAUUGGUCUUGUAAUCUGGUCUUGCAUCGACCCAGCCAACCCCUUCGUAACACCCUCCACCGUCCCCAUCGUCAUCGGCGUAGGCUACGGUGUCAUGGUCUGGGGCUUUGCUGACCUAACCAUUUCCACCAACAUGGCUCGUGACCUUGGCGCCCGAUUCGUAGCAGCCAUCUUCUAUGGCGGUGAGGCCUUCUCCUACAAGUCGUACUGCUGGAUCAGUAUCUUGGUCAACAUCCCAGCGACGCUUUUCGCCACGGGAUUCUAUGAGCUUUUCUUGCGUGAUUCGAUUCAAUUGCUUCACAAAGGGGGUGUGAAGCACGCUGAAGGCGAAGAGGGUUUGAGACGGUAUUUGAGUGAGGUUGGUAUGUUGAAAGAUGAGAAUGAGGUUACUGCUAUGCACAUGGCAAGGACGGAGGCAAUCGAGUUGUAUUCAUUCAUCAUCAAGAAGCGUAUACAGGAACACAAUAUGGCACACGAAGCCGUGGCAAUCGGCGUCCUCUCUAUCCUUAUCAUUCUCUACCGCUACCUCAAUCAAACCGAUACACCGAAAAUCAAAGGCUUACCCGAGAUCCCCGGUGUACCCAUUUUUGGCAACCUGAUUCAACUAGGCGAGAAUCAUGCAAAAGUAGCCGCAGAAUGGGCGAAGCAAUAUGGUCCUGUAUUCCAAGUGCGAAUGGGUAAUAAGAGAAUCGUCUUCGCAAACAGCUUUGAAUCCGUUAAACAACUAUGGCUCAAAGAACAAUCAGCCCUCAUCUCCCGUCCAACUUUCCACACCUUCCACAGCGUCGUCUCCAGCAGCCAGGGAUUCACAAUCGGCACUUCACCAUGGGACGAAUCAUGCAAACGACGCCGCAAAGCCGCUGCCACGGCACUCAACAAACCCGCCGUGCAGAGUUACAUGCCUAUUAUUGAUCUGGAAGCGACCACCAGCAUCCAGGAAAUGUACCGCGAUAGUCAAAAGGGGCAAAUAGAUAUCAACCCCAUAUCAUAUUUCCAGCGAUAUGCGCUCAACACCAGCUUGACGCUCAACUAUGGUAUUCGCAUUGAGGGAAACGUGGACGAUAGUCUCUUACAAGAAAUCGUUGCCGUUGAGCGUGGUGUCUCAAAUUUCCGCAGUACGAGUAAUAAUUGGCAGGAUUACGUGCCGUUGUUGCGCUUGUUGCCCAAGAAAAAUUCUGAGGCUGAAGAGUUCAGGGUUAGACGGGACAAGUAUUUGACGCAUUUACUGAAUCUGUUGAAGGAGAGUAUUGCCAAUGGGACGGAUAAGCCUUGUAUCACGGGAAAUAUUUUGAAGGAUCCGGAGGCGCAACUUAACGAAGCCGAAAUCAAAUCUCUCUGUCUUACGAUGGUCUCCGCUGGUCUCGACACAGUACCCGGAAACCUGGUCAUGGGCCUUGCUUAUCUUGCAUCUGAAGAUGGAAUGCGCAUUCAGAAAAAGGCAUACGCCGAGAUUAUGAAAGUUUACCCCAGCAACGACGCCUGGGACAAAUGUCUGGUUGAAGAGAAGGUGCCCUAUAUCACUGCUUUGGUUAAGGAAAUUCUCCGCUUCUGGACUGUGAUUCCUAUCUGUCUUCCACGAAAGAGUAUCAAGGAUGUGACAUGGAAUGGCGUCACGAUUCCAGCCAAUACGACAUUUUUCAUGAAUGCCUGGGCAGCAGACUACGACUCAGACUACUUUAAAGACCCCGAAAAAUUCCUUCCUGAACGCUACCUCGACACCCCCGAGGCCAACCAAGGCACUCCUCACUACGGCUACGGAGCCGGAUCUCGCAUGUGCGCCGGAUCUCACCUUGCCAAUCGAGAAUUGUACACGGCUUUCAUUCGAAUCAUCACAGCAUUUACUGUUCAUCCUCCCAAGAACCCGGCUGAUUACCCCAUCUUGAAUGCCUUGGAAUGUAAUUCUAUACCGACGGCUCUAACCACGGAGCCGAAGCCGUUCAAGGUCGGGCUCAAGGCGCGUGAUCCGGUGUUAUUAGAGAAGUGGAUUGCGGAGAGUCAGGAGCGGACUAAAGAUCUUUGA